UAUUAAUUCCCAUCAGUCCGGUUCAUGGACGAUAAGAAAUCAAGGAUGGACAGUGCGGAAACACGUUAACCAAGGUAGACACGCACGUAGCGCAGCGGAAGGGCAGACCGGGAUACUGUUUGAGUUCCGUGCGUAAUCACUUCUGGUGCCCUGCCUCUCAGGCUCCGCUUCCUCUCGCGGCUAUUCCUGCGCUCUUAGACUACCACAAAAACCAAUCGACACCCUACCGCGUAACUUAUAACCUGCCGCUUCUCUUCUCUUUCGGCCUGCCCCAAUCACAGUGACCAAUAUUUGUUUCCUCGGGCAAUGGCUGCCAAGAAAAUUAUAGCUAUAUGUCAGUCUGGAGGCGACUUUGUCACCAAUAGAGAUGGCUCCUUGUCCUACACCGGUGGCGACGCCUACGCCAUUGAUAUUGAUCAGCACACGCAGUUGGAUGCUUUCAAGGCAGAGUUAGCGGAAAUGUUCGCUUGCAGCAUAGAUACCAUCUCUAUCAAGUACUUCCUCCCUGGCAACAAAAAGACUCUUAUCACAAUCUCCAAAGACAAGGAUUUCAACCGCAUGGUUAAUUUUUCCGGAGAUGCAGGGACUGUCGAAAUCUUUGUUAUGUCGGAGGAAGCUGCUGCCCGGAAUGUGUCAAACAUGCCUGCUAGUAGGUCAAGCAGGACAACUGUUUCGGAGGCUGCGGUUUUAGCAGUUGCCCCUGUUGAUGCUGUAAUUGAUAUGCCCAAUGUAAUUGAUCGGGUGGAUAUGGACAUACACAAUGAAACCCCUCUGGCUUGCAUGUCACCCGAUAUGAUUGAAGAUAGACAUCAUAAAGCCGCACAACAGUGGGAAAAUACAAUCACUGGGGUAGACCAAAGGUUUAAUAGCUUCAGCGAAUUUCGGGAAGCACUGCAUAAAUAUUCAAUUGCACAUGGGUUCGCUUACAGAUACAAGAAAAACGAUAGUCAUCGUGUUACCGUCAAAUGCAAAUCUCAAGGUUGUCCGUGGCGGAUUUAUGCAUCGAGAUUGUCCACCACCCAGUUAAUUUGUAUCAAGAGAAUGAGCACAAGACAUACAUGUGAAGGAGUCACUGUUAAAGCCGGUUAUAGAGCAACGAGAGGUUGGGUGGGAAGUAUCAUAAAAGAGAAAUUGAAAGUUUCCCCAAAUUACAAGCCAAAGGACAUUGCUGAUGACAUUAAAAGAGAAUAUGGAAUUCAGCUGAAUUAUUCUCAAGCGUGGCGUGCAAAGGAGAUUGCAAGGGAGCAAUUACAAGGCUCCUACAAGGAGGCAUAUAGUCAGUUACCUUUCUUUUGUGAGAAGAUAAAGGAAACAAAUCCAGGCAGUAUCACUACUUUUACAACAAAGGAAGACUCUAGUUUCCACCGUCUCUUUGUGUCCUUUCACGCCUCAAUAUCUGGAUUUCAACAAGGUUGUCGUCCUCUCCUUUUUCUGGAUAGCACUGCCUUAAACUCUAAAUACCAAGGGGUCUUAUUAGUUGCUACAGCUCCAGAUGCUGAAGAUGGUAUAUUCCCAGUGGCCUUUGCUGUUGUAGAUGCAGAGACUGAGGACAACUGGCAUUGGUUUCUAGUGGAACUCAAAUCUGCAGUUUCAGAAUCUCGCCGAAUUACAUUUGUUGCAGAUUUUCAAAAUGGCUUGAAGAGGUCAUUGGCUGAAGUAUUUGAGAGGUGCUACCACAGCUAUUGUUUACGACAUCUUGCUGAGAAACUCAAUCGGGACCUGAAGGGGCAAUUUUCCCAUGAAGCAAGACGAUUCAUGAUUAAUGACUUCUAUGCUGCUGCAUAUGCCCCGAAACUUGAGGGUUUCCAGAAUUCUGUGGAGAACAUAAAAGGUAUUUCCCCUGAAGCAUACAAUUGGGUUGUACAAAGUGAGCCAGAGCACUGGGCAAAUGCAUUAUUCGAAGGAGAAAGGUAUAACCACAUGACAUCAAACUUUGGUCAAGUGUUCUACAGUUGGGUGUCAGAGGCACAUGAGCUGCCAAUAACACAAAUGAUAGAUUCGUUGCGAGGGAAAAUGAUGGAAGCGAUCUAUAUGCGCCGGGUAGAAUCCAACCAGUGGGAAACAACAUUAACACCAUCGAAUGAGGAGAAACUGCAGAAGGAAACUGCCCUGGCUCGGUCACUUCAGGUUUUACUCUCCCAUGGAAGCACAUUUGAGGUUCGUGGGGAUUCUGUUGACAUUGUUGAUGUUGAUCAUUGCGAGUGUAGCUGCAGGAGUUGGAGACUAAGUGGUUUACCUUGCUGCCAUGCUAUUGCUGUCUUUGAAUGUAUUGGUAAAAAUCCAUACGAAUAUUGCUCCAGAUACUUAACGACAGAGAGUUAUCGCCUAUCCUAUGCAGAGUCUAUUUAUCCAGUUCCAAAUGUGGACAGAAGUCUCCUGGAUGAAUCAAGUCAGAUGGUGGUUACUGUAACCCCUCCUCCAACAAAACGUCCUCCAGGCAGACCCAAAAUGAAACAGGCCGAGUCAAUGGACAUAAUUAAACGCCAGCUUCAGUGUAGCAAAUGCAAGGGUCUUGGCCACAAUAAGAAAACUUGCAAAGGUUCUUAGCACAGAGUUUAGGAUUGUGUAAGUAGGUAUUUUAUGCUCUUUUCUUUUUUUUUUUUUUUUUUCUCAAAACAAAAGAAUAGGUAGUUGUCAAGAAUUUUGUUAGGUAGAUUAGGGUUGAUGUGGGUAUAUGUUAAUAUUUUUGGCUUGUGCAGAGGAACUAUAAUGCACGAAUGUGUUUGAUUGUGGUCAUUUAAUGAUCCUUAGUAGUUUACCUACAUGAUGCAAAUAUUUCUACGACGA